AGAUGACGCUCUGGAUGUAGGCGAAGACAAAUCUUAGUUUCGUUGUACCUGUUGCAUAUCUUUAAACGCAAUAGGUCAUGAUUUAUUAAACUUUUGACUUUUGUAUUUACAUUUUUUGGGUAUAGUUAUUAAAUUGAGAUUGCGUUUUCUUUUAUUUUCUUCGGGUCAUAUAGGCUACUAGUUUCACUUGCCGUCGACAGCAAGACUGGUUUGAAGACUGGUUUUACUCAACUUGAAGGUGUGCAAUCGGAUGCGUGAAUUGGUCGAGGAACAGGUGGGAACCAGGAAGCACACAUCGGCUGUUCUGCUUAAAAUCAUGGAUCCAAUGGAUGCAGGAAUGCGUUACACUCCGAAGUCUUCGGACAAGGACUGGGACCAAGCAGUCACAUUUCUGCCAGCAACAGAUUCCAAAAAGCUGGAGAAGAAGAAGCAUCCAGGGAAGAUUGGUGCUAUAUUUGGUGUAAUCUUCUUUGCAGCUGUUGUGGCUUUGAUGACAGGACUUCUUGUAUGGCAUUUCCACUUCCGGAGGGACAACAGGGUGAAAAAGAUGUAUGCUGGCUCUAUGAACAUCACAAAUCAAGAUUUUUUGGAGGCUUAUGAGAACCCCAAUAGUACAGAGUUUCAAGCCCUGGCCAGACAGGUUACAUCUCAGUUAAGAGAUAUCUACACCAAGAUUCCCCAGCUGUCCAAAUAUUAUGUUCAUUCUACUGUGCAAGCCUUCAGUGAAGGCAGUGUAAUAGCGUAUUACCUGUCAGAGUUCCACGUUCCAGUGUCACAGGCGAGUGCUGUGGAUGACACCAUGAAGAACAUGGAUGACAUGAUGAUGAAGGCUGGGCGGCGUGUAUCGGAAUCAACAGGAGAGCUGAAAUUUAAUAGAAUAUUUACAUCAGCUUUAGAUUCACGGAUGUUUGCAAAUCCUUCAUAUUACAAAUAUCUAGUUCACACCAAGACUAAUCAAGUCAUUGAUAUCAUGACACCUGGGUUUCCAAACUACCCAUACCCACAAAAUUCUUUCGCUCAGUGGCAAUUACGAGCUGACCCUGGCUAUGUCCUCAAGCUGGACUUUACUACUUUUAACAUUGAAAAAAACUGCAAGAACGACUUUCUAAAAGUGUAUGACUCACUGGUGGCACUUGAGAGCCGACUCAUGGCUGAGAAAUGUGGAGCCUACUCUCCUAAUAACCCUCUUGGCUUCAUCUCAUCUGGAAAUGUGAUGCUAGUGACUCUGAUAACAGAUGAUCAGGGGGACUAUCCUGGUUUCAGAGCACAAGUGUCUCAAGUGGUGGCUGGCAGAGCUAGAGAAUCUACAUGUGGUGGAAUUCUGACCGGAACUUCUGGAACCUUUACAUCACCAAACUAUCCAAAAUAUUAUCCACCAGAGAAGAGAUGUGAAUGGACCAUUCAGGUACCAUACAAUAUGUUUGUGAAGUUGGUCUUUUCUAAAUUCAUGAUGUCCGUCGGCGGUGCCUGUGUACAUGAUUAUGUCAAGGUCAAUGAUGAAUUGCUUUGUGGUGAACUCCCUUCUUCCACCAUGCGUACCAGCAACUCAAACCAAAUGACUGUAGUUUUCUACUCUGAUGCAUCAUAUGUUGAUCGAGGCUUUAAUGCAACCUACACAGCCUUCGAGCCCAGCAACCCGUGUCCUGACAAGUUUCUGUGCAACAAUAAACGCUGUGUUAGUAAAGCCCUGCGCUGUGAUGGCUGGAAUGACUGUGGAGACAGUAGUGAUGAGAGGAACUGUGAGUGCAGUCCUGACAUGAUCAGCUGCCUGAAUGGUUUGUGUAAACCAAUGUUCUGGAAAUGUGAUGGAAUCGAUGACUGUGGAGACAAAACUGAUGAAAUGAAUUGCGCUAACUGCAACAAAGGACAGUUUGCAUGUGGAAACGGUGCCUGUAUCUUAGAUAAACAAAGGUGUGAUGGGAGAAAUGACUGUGAAGAUAAGUCCGAUGAAGCAGAUUGUGGAAAAUCCUCUGUAUGUCAGGAAACUAAUUUUCAAUGCAAGGACGGCCAGUGUGUCACAAAGGAGAAUCCAGAGUGUGAUGGAGUGCAGGAUUGUACUGAUGGGUCUGACGAGAACUUCUGUGAUGUAUGUGGAAACCAACCUUUUAAAACCUCGCGCAUUGUGGGCGGGCAGGAUGCAGCGGAGGGGGAGUGGCCUUGGCAGGUCAGCCUACAUGUCAAAAACUCCAUACAUGUGUGUGGAGCAUCAAUCAUCAGUGAUCGCUGGAUAGUCACGGCAGCUCAUUGCGUACAAAACGAAGGAAAACUCAAGCUCGCUGAGGCUGGAUCUUGGGAGGUGUAUCUGGGCCUCCACUCACAAAAGCAGACAGAUAAAGCAGAAAAACGUUACCUACAGAGGAUCAUUCCUCACCCCAACUACAAUGAAUUUACCUUCGAUUAUGACAUAGCUCUCAUGGAACUGGAUAAUCCUGUCACUUUCAAAGACACCAUCCGGCCCAUCUGUUUGCCAUCCUCCUCUUACGUCUUCCCUGUGGGCAAACCGGUAUGGAUCACCGGCUGGGGGGCCACCAAAGAAGGAGGCUCUGGAGCAACAGUCCUGCAGAAAGCUCAAGUGCGUAUCAUUAACAGCACAGUAUGUGAUUCACUGAUGAAUGGACAGAUCACUUCUCGCAUGACAUGCGCUGGUGUUCUAUCAGGAGGGGUUGAUGCCUGUCAGGGUGACUCAGGUGGUCCUUUGUCUAGCGCUAAUUCAGCCGGGCGAAUGUUUCUGGCAGGUGUGGUGAGCUGGGGUGAUGGAUGUGCCCGUAGAAACAAACCUGGAAUUUACAGCACUGUCCCCAGAUUCCGUGCCUGGAUUAAAGAGAAUUCGGGAGUAUAAUUGCCAAGUGUAAUAGGAGAAUUGAGUUACCAGGACUUUAGUGAAGCACAUAUGAGCAAAAAAUGUUCUUUGUUCUUUUAAUGUGCUUGAGACAAUGAGUGCAAAAAGAACAAACAAGCUGUUUAGAGAGCUGUUUGAUAAUGAGGCUGUCUGUGAAAUUAGGUCAUUGUUGUAUUUGACCCCCAGCAUGAUGAGCCUGUGUCCAUGAAACAGUCUUUUAUAUAAUACCUGCCCCCAAAAUACAUAUAACAGUCAUUUAGUUGAUGGAAAUGUUAUAUGGCAUAGAAAACUGUUUUACAUUUGCUUACUCAAUGAAGUUCCAGGGUUUUUUACUGUAAAUAGAUUCACUGUUUCUACUUUAAAAUGUAUUUCUUAAUGACGAACUGCUCGAAAAACAAAAUUAUUAGAUAUAUAUUUUGUAGAUAUUAAAUGUUCAGAAUUAGGAUUAUAUAGUUCUUAAUCUUCGAACACUCUGGGAUUCAUAAAUACAAAAUACACUCAAAUGUGACUAAUGAUUUUUAUACCUUCUGUCUGUUUUUUAGUUUGCUUUUUUUUUUGGCAUAAACUUUUUUUUUGUAAACUUUUAUUAACGUGCCAUUUUUUUUUCAUUGAUUUUGUGAUUUUAAGAAGUAUGUUCACUCAUUUGCUAGUUUUGUUUUUCUUUUAUUUAUCUUUUUUUUUAUUAUUUAUCUUUUUUUUUUUUUUUUUUUUUUUUUCAGGUUGUAAUUCUAUAUGCCAAAAUGACAAUUUUUCUUAUGUGUAAAUGUCCUUGCUGUGCACAAGACGAGUGUUCUGCAACUGUGUAUCUUAAUAAAUGAAUCAUUGUCCCUUUUUUCUUUGGUUUCGAUGUGAGUGAACAGGUGUUGUUGCCAAAAAGGAAGCACACUUGUAGAUCUCUUGGGCUCACUUUUAAUAAUGUAAUUUGGUGGCAUUUCAUGUAGUGUAUACAAUAAAUGCUAUUAAACAGCAAUCAUUCUUAUUCUGGAAUAUAAUAUGCAUGGUAGCAGCACUUGGAGUUACAAACUGAGUAUGAUCUUUCUAUAUUCUGACAGUGUUUUAAAAAUGCUGUAAUAACCUUGUUAGUUUUCUUUUGGUAACUUCCUUGCCAGUGGAUUACUCACCAUUCAAUGUUUAUGGGUUUCAUCUGUGGUGCUUGCUGCAACAGCACAUGGCCUCAGCAUUGUUUAUGUGCAGAUGGUAUUAAAUAAAUAAAAAAAUACUAGGAUUUUUUUAUUCA